UCCGGAGAAGAAGAGCAACAGCUUUUGUUGUGCAUGGUAGUGUGGCCUUGUCGGUUGAAUUGCUGAACGGCUAACGUUAUGGGCAAGAAAACACGAAUAGUGCGUAGGACUAUUUUACAACUCUCACCUACGGGACCUCGCAAUAUAACCGCAGGAGGAACUAAUUCACGAGAAGAUGGAAUAGGUUCAGGAUCUGAAGAUGACCAGGAGGCGGCCGGUGAAGGACGUGCCUGUGUGUCCCAGGAUGUGGACACGAGGACCCCAGCUGUCAAGGCUACAGAGGGCUUGUCGCUGCUGGGUGCCUACGAAGACAGUGAUGAGGAGGAGGAAUCGGCGUCCCAGCUACCUCCUGCUAAGACCAAAUUAAACCAGUCUGCUGACAUCGACAGCACAUUCGCCAACUUCAUGGCCGAGAUCGAUGCCAUCACCACACAACCCGCCCCGUCAUUGGAGGAAUCUGCCUCAGAGUCUGGAGCGCCAGCACAAGCCCAGGCCCCCGCCCUGAGCCCCGCCCCACCCCGUCCGGACCCCAAAGACCAGCCACACACCCCUGCACAGAACGGACAGCAGGCAGUUGGCUCUGGGGUCCAGUUCCAGUAUGAUACACAGUACUCCUUAGCUGGGGUCGGGGUGGAGAUGGGAGACUGGCAGGAAGUGUGGGAUGAGAACACGGGCUGUUACUACUACUGGAACACACAGACCAACGAGGUCGUCUGGCAGCUACCUCACUACCUGGCCCACCAGGUGUUGGGCCUGCAGCAGUACAUGGACAAUUCUAGUUUACCUGUGAAUGGCAGCAGUGCACAGCAGAGUGCUACAGUUUACCCUGAGCAGAGUGCGGUCUCCAUUUCCGCCCCUGUACCCAAGGAGGGGAAAAAGCAGGAGGUGAUGGAGAGCGUGGUGGCCCUGACCAGUGAAACAGAAGAGCAGAGGGGCGUGGCAGCCUCUCUCCUCGCUCCACUCAUCCCUGAGGAGGUGAAGGAGGCUGAGGAGAUAUGGAGGAAGAAUGCCCUCGGCCUGGUGGAUGAGGGGCCAGAAGGGAGACAGGAUGUCGAAGGCGACGGGGGCCACUACCCGGAGUCACCGGUCGCUGGAGACAUGGAGGCUCAUGUCCAGGGAAACCAGCGCAGCGGGACGCAGUCCGUGGUGAGCUCCGAGGCCGAGGAAGAGGAGGCCGAGGAAGACACGAUGGAGCUUGAGCUGGCACUGGAGAGGAAAAAGGCUGAGCUGCGGGCCCUGGAGGAGGGUGAUGCCAGUGCUGGGGGCUCCAGUCCCUGCUCUGAGACCAGUCAGGAUGGUGCCCGUGGCCUGCCGUUGAAGAAGUCCAAGUGGAAGACUGCCUUCUUGCAGGCUCCCAGCCCAGAGUCCAACAGCCGCGGCUCGGAGAAGCCUAGCAGGGAUGCCACGGACACUCCAGACCCAGCGCCUUCCAAGGCUGUUGAGAAACCAGCAGAAGAGCAUGUUCUGGAGGCUGAGGGACUCGGAGAUAAGACCAGACCCAGAACUGUCCCAAAGGAGGAGGAUGAAACUGCUGACCUCAAGUUUCAGAUUGGGGAGCUUGCCAACACGUUAACCAGUAAGAUGGAGUUCUUGGGAAUUAACAAAAAGGCCAUCUCCAACUUCCAGCUGCUGCUGUUACAGACUGAGACGCGGAUCGCAGACUGGCGGGAGGGUGCGCUGAACGGGAGCUACCUCCGCCGCAGGCUACAGGAAGCUGCAGAGCACAUUAAACAUUAUGAACUUAACGCCGCCCCUAAAGGCUGGUGCUGCCGCUGGGACAGAGAACAUAGGCGGUAUUUCUAUGUGAACGACCGGACCAACGCCUCCCAGUGGGACUUCCCCGCCCAGGAAGAGGAGAAGGGCUGCCCCGCUCCUCAGCCCGGUUCUGCCAGCCAGAGAGAGGCCAAGCCUCCGUCAGAACCACCGUCUGUGCUCACAGGCCCCCCCACCUACCUUUCCCCGGCACAGACGGGGCUGUCAUCGUACUGGAGUCUGUCCCAGCCCCCCCUGCCUCCCGAUGACCCCCCUCCGCCCUUAGAGUGUCCCCCCCCACCGCCCCCACCCCCAGAGUCCCCGUCCCCACCCCCUCCCCCUCCUCUCAGCGAUGAAGGCGAGAUUGAGGAGGUGGAAAUGGAGGAUGAGGAGGGGGAACCGCCGGCCCCGGGAACUGAGGAAGAUGGCAGACGUAAUUCUCAUCUGAUUCCUGGCACUGCUGGCAGUAAGGUGUGCGAGUCUGCAUCUUCCCCUGGGGCACCAGUAAAGACCCUGAAACGCAAGGCAGUCCAUUCUGGUGAACUGCGUAAGAAUGUCACUAUUGGCAGCAGUGCCAUCCUCUACAGUCAGCCCACCACCAGAAACGCCUCUGCAGCCCCCGCGGCUGCGCCUGCGUACUGGGGCCUCUCCGCCGUGGCCCCGUCCCUCCUCUCGGCUGAAAGCACGACCUCGCCCGCCCCCUCGCCCGAUCUCCUGCCCCCGCCCCCCGCCCCCCUGCCCUCCGGCACCGCCGACCCGCCGGCCGGGAAAGCGCUCCCUUCCGACAAGACCAAGAAGCUGAAAAAGGAGAAGCAGGCGAAGAAGAGCAAUAAAAAGAUGCCGUCUCUGGUGAAGAAGUGGCAGAGCAUCCAGCGGGAGCUGGACGAGGAGGAGAAAUCCAGCUCCAGCGACGAGGACCGGGAUCUGCUCAACAGCAAGCGCAUCGAGGAGUGGAAACAGCAGCAGCUGGUCACUGGAAAGGCUGGUAAAAAUGCUAAUUUUGAGGUUCUACCGGACGACUGGAGAGCGCGCUUACUUAAGAAGAGGAAACUGACACAAAGCACAUGAGUUUUGACAUCAUGACUGUGUGCUCUGCUCCCCCACAACAACAUUCUUCACCAUGGUUUAGAAAUGCUCAAAUGGACAAAUCUGCAGUCAGAUGGAGAGCAAUGCACACAAGUUUACGCUUUUCAUUGUAUUCCCAUACAUGUCCAUUGCCUGUUAUAUUUCAUUGGUGUAAAAUAUGCAAUGGAUUUGAAUAUUCUUGCAUGGUUCCAUCCAGCAGUAUUUGUUUUUAAACCUGUGUGAAAUCUUUCAAAAUUUGGUUUCCCCAUGUUUCCUGGUUAUCUUGAGCUCUGUGAUCAACCGCUUGCAGACUAAUUAUUUUUAAGAACAUGCCAAUAUGCAGGAGGAAUUCUCUUUAGGGUACCUCUGAAUUUCAUCAUCUUCUCAUUCUUUGUAUCAGAGGUUUUUUUUCUACCAGCAUGCCCAAAAUAUAGAAGUGAACCCAAAUGCAUUGUAAUAUAAUUUUGAGUUCAAACUUCAUUCUUAAAGUGUGCGUCUUUGAAGUCAAAAUGCUAACUUGUCAAGUACUUCAUUUUCCCAGAGGUCAAUCUGAAUAUGUGUCCUGAUAUUCUCCUCAGUCGGUUUCCAGGAUGUUACUUUUGAAAAUACAUUUUCAUUAUUAAUGUUAUUUGAUGUCACUGUGAAGGAAUACAUUAUAUGAUACUAUAUUCUGGUUUUGUAUUUUUUUACCAUAAAAAUGUCCUUUGCCUUUUUCCAAAGCUUGACUAAAUCGGUCCAAAAACUGUUAUAAAUGUGCCAAGUCUAGAAUCAUGAGGGUAGACUUAGACUGCAGUAUCAAUAUUUACAGUGAUGUUCGCUAAGUUGAUUUUAAACCAGAUUUUGUUCUUGUUUCUCCUUGGAGAUUUGGAGAGAUGUACACAUUUGUAUAUCUUGUAAAUAAUGAUAAUAAACGUUUUCUCAACAAAA